CCCGGUUCAAGGGAAGCCGGGUUCCAGGGCUGAGGCGGCGACGACAGACGCGAUGAAGCCCAGGCCCGCGGGUUUCGUGGAUAAUAAGCUGAAGCAGCGAGUCGUCCAGUACCUCACCAGUAACAGAUGUGGCAAAUACGUGGACACUGGAGUCUUAGCAUCUGAUUUACAAAGAAUGUACAGCAUAGACUAUGGUCGAAGAAAAAGAAAUGCCUUUAGGAUUCAGGUAGAAAAAGUAUUUAGUGUAAUUAACAGUGAGAAGGAACGUAGGAAUGUAGCAGAAUUAGAAGAUGAACAUCUGGCAAAAAGAGCAAGAGCAGGUGAAGAGGAUAAUGAGUAUACUGAAAGCUAUUCGGAUGGUGAUUCAGAUAUGGAAGAUUACCCAGAUCCACAGUUGGCAAAUCACAUGAACACUUCCCUGCUCUCCUUAUAUCGGAAAGGAAAUCCUGAUUCUGUUGUAAGUACUCCCGAGAUGGAGCAAAGAGAAACCAGUGUUUCAGCACCACCAACAGCUUCUAAAACCUGCUCCAUUCCUUGGAAGACCCCUACUAGCGGCUCUGAAGGAGGAUGGUUUAUUGACAAAACUCCAGGUGGAAAGAAAGACAGUUUUUUCUUGGACAUGUCAGAGGAAACAAGUAAUCAUAAGACAGUAUCUGCGAUAGAGGAUUCAAAAGAGUCAUCUCUUCUGGAGAGUAAUAAAAAAAAGAAAAGCAAGUUAAAGAGCAAAGGAAGCAAAAGGAAACAAGGGGAUACUCAGGAAGUAGAUGGAGAAAUAGAAGCUAUCCUGCAAAAGAAAGCUAAAGCCAGGGCGCUAGAAUUCCAGAUCUCCAGUGUGAAGUUUGAAGAUGUUGGAGGCAAUGAUACUACAUUAAAGGAAGUCUGCAAGAUGCUCAUACACAUGCGUCACCCGGAGGUGUACCAGCACCUGGGCGUCACACCCCCUCGUGGUGUUCUCCUCCAUGGACCACCAGGCUGUGGGAAGACAUUACUUGCACAUGCAAUCGCUGGGGAACUUGACUUUCCAAUUCUAAAGGUGGCUGCUACAGAGAUUGUGUCUGGAGUAUCUGGAGAAUCUGAGCAGAAGCUGAGAGAACUGUUUGAACAGGCUGUGUCAAAUGCACCCUGUAUCCUUUUUAUUGAUGAAAUUGAUGCCAUUACCCCCAAAAGAGAAGUUGCUUCAAAAGAUAUGGAACGAAGAAUUGUAGCCCAGCUCCUAACCUGCAUGGAUGAUCUGAAUAAUGUGGCUGCUACAGCUCGGGUCCUAGUCAUUGGAGCUACUAACCGCCCAGACUCACUAGACCCUGCUUUGAGACGUGCAGGAAGGUUCGACCGGGAAAUAUGCCUUGGGAUCCCAGAUGAAGCAUCCAGGGAAAGAAUACUUCAAACUUUGUGCAGAAAACUAAGACUUCCUGAAACUUUCCAUUUUCGUCACUUAGCACACCUGACGCCAGGCUUUGUUGGUGCAGAUCUGAUGGCACUCUGCCAGGAGGCAGCCAUGUGUGCGGUCAGCAGGGUCUUAAUGCAGCUGCAGGAUUCACAGAAGAAAGAGCCUGAAACUCCAGAUUUGCCAUCUGAAGGAUGCCAGGAAGAAAAGAUCGGAACUGAGCUCACUUGUACAACACAGGAUGAAUUGCAAAGUCUGCUGAGGUUGCUAAGAAACCAAGAUCCCCUCUCAGAGGAGCAGCUGCAAGGGUUGUGCAUUGAAUUGAAUGAUUUCAUUGUUGCUCUGUCUUCAGUCCAGCCCUCUGCCAAAAGGGAAGGCUUUGUCACUGUCCCUAAUGUGACAUGGGCAGAUAUUGGUGCCCUGGAAGAUAUCAGAGAGGAGCUCACCAUGGCGAUAUUGGCACCAGUAAGUAACCCAGAUCAGUUCCAGGCUCUUGGAUUGACCUCUGCAGCUGGAGUCCUCCUUGCUGGUCCUCCUGGCUGUGGGAAAACUCUGCUGGCAAAGGCUGUUGCAAAUGAGUCUGGGCUAAAUUUUAUAUCUGUCAAGGGCCCUGAAUUACUGAAUAUGUACGUUGGUGAAAGUGAGCGUGCUGUGCGACAGGUUUUUCAACGAGCCAAGAACUCAGCGCCCUGUGUUAUCUUCUUUGAUGAAGUGGAUGCCUUAUGCCCUCGGAGAUCAGACCGAGAGACAGGAGCAAGUGUCCGGGUGGUGAAUCAGCUACUUACAGAGAUGGAUGGUCUGGAAACACGUCAACAGGUUUUUAUUAUGGCAGCCACCAACCGGCCAGAUAUCAUUGACCCUGCAAUCCUGCGCCCAGGCCGACUGGAUAAAACCCUCUUUGUGGGUUUGCCACCCCCAGCAGAUCGUCUCGCCAUCUUAAAAACUAUCACAAAAAAUGGCACGAAACCCCCAAUGGACGCAGAUGUGCAUCUGGAAGCCAUUGCUGGUGACCAUCGCUGUGAUUGCUAUUCGGGCGCAGAUCUCUCUGCUUUGGUGCGGGAAGCUUCUCUCUGUGCCCUGAGACAGGAAAUGGCAAAACAGAAAAGUGGAAACGAAAAAGGUGAACUCAGGAUCAGUCAGAAGCACUUUGAAGAAGCUUUCAAGAAAGUAAAAUCAUCUAUAUCAAAAAAGGAUCAAGUGAUGUAUGAAGCUCUGAGGCAGUCCCUUGGCCAGUGAUUUCCGAGCAGUGGGCCAUGGAGGAGUCCAAUGCGUCAGCCUGGCAGGGAAGCCCACCUGCUCCGAGCCGGCACUUUCAGCUUGGCAGAUUUGGUCUCAUGUAAGCGUUUUAUUCUCAAAUUAACGAGGCCAAGUCGGAGUUGAAGAUUUCUUCCCAUCUGGUCAACCUUGCAUGGAAACAGCCUACCGCCUCUAAGAGAAAAAAAAAAAAAUUGAACUGCCAAAAUAAAAUAACUGAUGCUUUUUUAAAAUAAAAUUUUUAUUUUGAAACAAUCUCAACUGUACUAUGGAAAAGUUGCAAUUACAGUAAAAAGAACUUUCCAUGUAUAUUUCCUACGCACCAAGAUAUUCCCCUGCAUGACCCACCAUCAGAGUCAGGGAAUCGGCAGUGACCAAUGCUGCCAUCUCAUCCGCAGGCCCCAUUCCAUUUCUCCAGUGGUCCCAAUAAUGUCCUUCAUAAUCAGAGGGUCCGGUGUAGAAUUAGCUGUUGUUAUCAGUUGCUAUUUCUCUUUAGUUUCCUUAAAGUCUGGAACAGCUCCUCUGUCUUGACUUUGGCUACUUCUGAAGGAUGCAGGCAGCUUCUUUGUAGAGGGCCCUCAAUGUGGAUUCCUCUGAGGUUUCCUCUGAUGAGACUUUAUGCACUUUUGGGAGGAGUUUCAUGAAGUGAUGCUGAGUCCUCAUUGCAUCCUGUCAAGAGGCAUGUUAUCUCGAGUUGCCCCAUUCCUGAGGUUGUCCACUUUGACCACCUGAUUAAGGUGGUUCUGCCAAGCUUCUUGCACUAUAAGAUUACUUUUUUCCUUAAGGAAGUAUUGGAAACUAUAUAAAUAGUCUAUUUCUCAUCAAACUCAAGUAUUACCAUGUUUUCAGUGUGUUGUUACCCAUUACAAUCAUUACAUGGUGUUCAAAUUUGCCCCUGGUUUGGGAGCUCCUUCACAGUGGCCUCUGGGUGCCUUUGAUGAACCACCUGCUGAUGCUUCCUGAAGGGUUUAAUUCGUGUCGUGUCUAAUCUCAUUCCCCACUCAUGGUGUUGCUCAUGGUAUAUUCCGAGGCUGGAUAGGUGGGUUUGGUUAUCUAGGUUUUUUUCUUCCCAGAUUUCUGCUCCACCUCACUCUACAAAAAUUGUUACGCUUUUUUUUUUCAUAUUAAAUUUU